ACUUUCUCUUUUUUUAUCUAUCUCCCUCUACACUUUAAAUCCUCUCAGAAUCACAAGUUUCCUCAUAAGUUUUCUUGCAAAAAAAGUUCAAAGAAAGUAAAUUAACAAGAAGAAGAUAUCAUCAUCAUCAUGGCAGAUAUUGUAUGUUUCGGAGAAAUGUUGAUUGAUUUUGUACCAGAUGUUUCUGGUGUAUCACUUGCCGAAUCAACUGGUUUUCUUAAAGCCCCCGGUGGUGCUCCUGCUAAUGUCGCUUGUGCCAUCACUAAACUUGGCGGUACUUCUGCUUUCAUUGGCAAGUUUGGAGAUGAUGAAUUUGGACAUAUGCUGGUUAACAUAUUGAAGAAAAAUGGAGUGAACAGUGAAGGUGUUUGUUUCGAUAAGGAUGCAAGAACAGCACUUGCAUUUGUCACAUUGAGAAAAGAUGGAGAGAGGGAGUUCAUGUUCUAUAGAAACCCCAGUGCUGACAUGUUGCUUAAAGAAUCUGAGCUCAACAUGGGUCUCAUCAAAAAAGCCAAGAUUUUUCACUACGGUUCUAUUAGUUUGAUUACUGAACCUUGUCGAUCGGCUCACAUUGCUGCCGUAAAAGCUGCCAAAGAAGCUGGUGUCCUGCUAUCUUAUGAUCCUAACCUUAGGAUCCCUCUUUGGCCAUCUCCUGAAGCUGCUCGUGAAGGCAUCAAGAGCAUCUGGAAUACAGCCGACUUCAUCAAGGUAAGUGAUGAUGAGGUAGAGUUUAUCACACAAGGACCAUCAGAUGAAAAGAACUGUUUAUCACUCUGGUAUGAAGGUUUGAAGUUGCUCGUCGUCACUGAUGGAGACAAGGGUUGCAGAUACUUCACUAAGAACUUCAAGGGGUCUGUAAAAGGAUUCGCAGUGAAUACAGUAGAUACUACAGGUGCUGGUGAUGCUUUUGUUGGCUCACUUCUUUGCUCACUAGCUAAAGAUCCAUCUCUUUACGAGGACGAAGGCAAAUUGAAAGAGACACUCACACUUGCAAAUGCUUGCGGAGCAAUCUGUACAACUCAGAAAGGAGCAAUCCCAGCACUCCCAGACAUUGCUGCUGCUCAAAAACUUAUCUCAGGCUCCAAAUGAGAAGGCUACAGGUCCGAAUGAGAAGAAGAAAUCAAAUAAGUGUACUCUUUUUUCUUUUCUUUUUUUUUUUUUGAUUCCUCCGCGGAUUACUACCUUACAGAAUUUCUGCCUGAAAUCCCUAUAAAUUUUGUCCUAGUAUUAAAUACUACUGGUGAAGCUUGUAUGACUUCCUUGUACCAUUCUAGGGCCUCCCCUUAGUUUGGAGAUUUUGUAACCGGUUGGCAAUUUUCAGUACUGUAUUCUUUCUUAUUAAUAUUCAGCAGUCUUUAGUCUACUGAGACUCUGACAGUUCUCAUGAA